CGCCUUUUUAUUUCGGACAGAUUAAUUUGAACUCGACAGCUAAAAUACUCUGUGCAAAAUAAUCCGAAUCGUGCGUCGUUUGAGUGAAAUCGUGCGCGAGGUUAGAAUCCAAUUUCUCCGUCCGCACGCUGUUUUGACGACGAAAUCGCGUAUACAAUAGCGGAUUUAUUUUCGGCUAAUUUUAGUUGAAUUCCACAGAGCAAAUUACCGAAGGCGAAAUCAGUCUUGUUCGGGCCAUCGUUUCUUGCCCGGAUUCGAAUCUUCGGAUAUAAGUAAUUAGCGAUUAGAUUGGUUCGCUAAAUCCGAAGCAUAUCAUAUGUAUUCGUGUAACGUGUCGGCCUGUGCACAGCGCUAAAAAUCGGAAUUUAGAAAUAUCUACGCUUUCCUUUUAAAAAUAGAAAUAUCUGGAAAUAUUUAAAAAUAAAUCUUUUCGUUUCUAUCCAGUAGCCGCCCUCCCUCUGAUUUUUUUGGCUGCCGCUCUUCUGAUAUUUUGCAUCGUCGUGCUCAGGUUGUCUUCUCCAGUGCGUUGUCUCCCUCGUGCUCCUCUCUCCCUUAUCUCCCUCGGGUCCGGCCGGCUCAUCCCAGUCCCAGCCAGCCAAGGUUCUCUCCAUGGUGGCUCCUCUAAGCCGCGCGCUCCUCCAUGCCUGCGCGCCCUUCGGGUCUCUGCGUCGCGCGCUCCGCUGCUGCGCGCCGUGGUCUUCUUCCUCCUCGUGCUUCUUCAGCUCGGCGCCUCCUCUGCUCCCUCCAGCUUGCAGAAGCUCCCAGCCAUGGCGCCUGCUGGUCGGAUGUGGAUUCCUCUGCCGCGUCGCUCCCUCACGUCUCCUCUCUUCUUCACCGAGGCCGACCACCGAGCGGACGUCGCGACUGGACACCACGGCACGCGCGCGCCCCUGCUCGCCCUUUUGCCUCCUCCCAUGGCGGCUCCCCUGCCGAGCCCCAAACCCAGCCAACCGAGCUCGUCUCCUCCUCUCCAUCUCCCUCGGUCGCGGUUCCCAGAUCUCCUGUUCGCCUGGCUGGCCGCGCGCUCGUCUUCCUUCUCUGCGCGGCGGCCUUUCCCGCCGGUGGCCGUGCCCAGCGCCCGCUCGGUUCUUCCUGGCACGCGCUCCUAUGCUCCGAUCGCGCGUCUCGCCCAUGGCCACCGUCCGUCGUCAAGCCCCUGCGUGCGCGGUCCUCUGCCGGAGCUCCCUGCUCGCCUUCUGCGCUCUGCUGGCGGCCAGUCCCUGCUCCUCGCGGCCCGCGCGUUUCUCUGUUCAGCCAUGGCCGCGCGCCGGCGCUCUUCCUUUGCCGCGUCCCGCUUCCUGCCCGCCGGCCACAGCUCGAAGUCCCUCCCAUUGUGAGUUCGCCGUUCCUCCCACGCCGCGGUCACCCUGGUAUUCCAGCUCGUCGUCGCGUUGUUUGAGGUCAACCUCACUAAAUCGCCUCUUGCUCGACGCCGGUGAUGGCCGUUGUGGAGCACCGCUGCGAACUCCCAGCGUUCUUGCUCUGCUCCAAGAAAUAUCAAGCGCUGAACAGUCAUCGUUUUGUUGCGACGUGCGUGUGCGCUACUCGCCCCACGUCGUCGUCUUUGUGUGUCUUUGUGUCUGGCCAGUCCCGUCGAGGCAUCUGCAAAUCUUGCCUCUUGUCGUCAUGUUUUCUUGAUCUGCCAAAUCAUCGCGCCCGUGCUGAGUUCUCUGGCCAUCACGUUUUUCUUACAGACGCUCAGCCUCGCCGCGCGUCCUGUUUUCUGCUCGCCAGCGCGCUCUCUCGGCUCGCUCGACUUUAAUUCCCAAUCGCGUCGUCGAUUCCGCCAGUUAGCGUCGUUCGUCGUCGCGUCGCGUGUGUAGCUCUAUAUACGUCACCCUCCCGUGUCGUCGUCGUUCCGCGUGUCAGCAAGAAAUCGCAAGAAUCGGGUGAAGACAAAGCCAGCAGCGUGGUAUUCACCAAGUGCGCAAUAAAAGCUCGGACAUCCUGCGCGACUCAAGUUCGGUUCGUCAAAAUUAUUCAGUCGAGGAAAAGAUCUGCAGCAAUUGAUUACCGAAGAAAAGAAGGCCCCUCAAUUACAUCAACCGGAACCCGUAGUCGUGCUUGUGACUAUCGCGUCGAAUUAGUCAGGGUAAGUUGAUUCGUAUUCCCGUUAACUAGGUCUAGAUGAUCGAUUUAGAUAAAUCGGUAAUCAAGUAAUUAAGAUACAUAGUUUAAAGAGUUAAUAAAAAGCUAGGAAUAAAAAUAUAUUUUCUAGUGUAAUAUGUCAAUUUGGUUAAUGGAUGUAGUCGAUGCCCUAUUGUGAUA